GUGAUCUAUGGAGUUCCCAAAGCUGCCCCCUCACUCCGGGUCUGUUUUAUCAGUAGUGGACAUGCACACAGGUGGAGAGCCGCUGCGCAUUAUCCUGAGCGGGUUUCCAGAAGUGAAGGGGGACACCAUCCUUGCCAAACGACGCUAUGUGAGAGAGCAUUUGGAUCAUCUUCGCAAGGUCUUAAUGUUUGAGCCCCGUGGUCACUAUGAUAUGUACGGAGCCCUUCUGGUCAGAAGUGAGUUAGCAGAGGCUGAUCUCGGCAUAUUGUUCAUGCACAAUGAAGGGUAUAGCACCAUGUGCGGCCACGCUGUCAUUGCGCUCGGGCGCUUUGCAGUGGAUUAUGGUUUGAUUAAAGAGCCCACUUCACCCGAGACGCAGAUAAACAUACACUGCCCCUGUGGCUUAGUGAAGGCCUUUACACAAUAUUCCAAUGGGAAAACCGGAGCUGUCAGAUUUCUCAGUGUGCCAGCCUUUGCUUUCGCUACAGAUGUGAGUGUCUCUGUACCAGGAUAUGAGUCCAUCACUGUGGACAUCAGUUAUGGUGGAGCUCUUUAUGCUUUAGUGAGUGCUGAGAAGUUUGGAUUGGAUGUCAACAAGUCCAAAACCAGAGAUUUGGUGGAUGCAGCGACUGCUGUGAGUGAUGCUGUCAAAUCCCAGGUAAAGCUGCACCAUCCAGUCAGUGAGGAUCUAGCCUUCCUCUAUGGCACAAUCAUUACUGACGGCAAAGAUGGUUAUUCUGAAGAGCCCACGACCAAUGUGUGUGUGUUUGCUGACGCGCAGGUGGAUAGAAGCCCUACGGGGUCUGGCGUCACCGCUCGUAUCGCUCUUCAGUACCAUAAAGGCCUGAUCGCACUGAACCAGGCCAGAAGCUUCCAGAGCGGAGCUACAGGAUCAGUAUUUACAGGAACAGCAGUAGAGGAGACCAUGUGUGGGGACUUCAGGGCUGUGGUAGUAGAGGUCAGAGGUCAUGCUCACUACAGCGGCGUGGCCAGCUUCACCCAGGAGAGCGACGACCCCCUCAGUGGAGGCUUCCUUCUGUGCUGAUUUAAUCUUCUAUCAAUUUCUGCCUGAUUUCAGGACUGGAAGAUAAUAUAAGGUGGGUGCGUGUGUGCCUCCCUCUGCACAGAUGGAGCUUGCGAAAGCAGUAACAGUUGUAUGUCCUUUUCCUCCUCGACGUCCUGUAGGGCCCCCAGGGGCCAGUGAAAGUGCCCGGGUCACUACAUCGGAAGCGUUCACAGUAAGAGGUUGAAGGUCAGCUCCUGCGCGCAGCAGGACAUCCAGGGUAACUGCAGCCUGUUUCUCCAGCUGGCCUUUGAAAGAAGCUCAGCUGCUCCAGGAUGUGCACCUUAAAGAUAAACACACAAACAAACACAUGCAGUCCAGCACACACGGACACACACUCACCAGUUCUUUGGCCUCACCGAGGGAGUCCUCGACAUCAGAGAAGCUGAAACUGGCCACUGUGAUGAACUGGCUGACCACAGACACAAACUUAUCCCCAAACUGCUGAGGACUCGUCUUCUGGUAUUCUAACUCCUGCAUGAGAGAGAGCCUGUGUAG